CGCUAACAUCAACUGCGCCAGGCAUCCCGAUUUCUUAAGUACCCCUUGCUUGCAGCAGGCUCUUCCUGCAUCUCGACAUCGAACUCAGCGAACGGUGGUCCAAUGACUUGCGCGAGAUAUUAUUGAGCUUUUACGGUAUUCCUUUCCUUUGCAGACUCGGCCAUUAUUAUCGACAUAACGCUCCAACAUGUCCACCACACCCGUUCCGCCUGAGGACCAGGCGAGAUUGCUGGAAGAUGCCUUGGUUGCUGUGCGCCAGCAGACCGCACUUAUGCGCAAAUGUCUCGAUACUCCUGGCAAACUCAUGGAUGCUCUCAAGUGCUGCUCUACCUUGGUCGCCGAGCUGCGGACAAGUAGCCUAGGCCCCAAGCAAUACUACGAGUUAUAUAUGGCCAUCUUCGAUGCAUUGCGCUAUCUUUCGGUACAUCUUCGCGAGAAUCAUCCCCAUAAUCACCUCGCCGACCUCUACGAGCUCGUCCAAUAUGCCGGUAACAUCAUUCCGCGUUUAUAUCUCAUGAUAACCGUCGGUACCGCAUAUAUGUCUAUACCCGAAGCGCCGGUCAAGGAGUUAAUGAAGGACAUGAUGGAUAUGAGCCGUGGUGUCCAGCAUCCUAUCCGUGGUCUAUUCCUUCGUUAUUACUUAUCCGGCCAAGCUAGGGAUUAUCUGCCUGCCGGCGAUGGCGAUGGUCCUGAAGGAAACCUCCAGGACUCGAUCAACUUCAUCCUAACGAAUUUCGUCGAAAUGAACAAGCUCUGGGUACGGUUACAGCAUCAAGGUCAUUCGCGGGAGCGGGAGCAGAGGACCAAGGAGCGCAAGGAGCUGAAGCUUCUCGUGGGCAACAACAUUGAACGGCUGAGCCAAUUGGUGGAUCUCGAGGCUUACAAAAACGGUAUCCUAGCCCCGCUACUGGAACAGGUAGUACAAUGCCGGGACGUCCUGGCCCAAGAGUAUCUUCUAGAGAUAAUUACCCAGGUUUUCCCGGAUGAGUUUCACUUACAUACCUUGGACCAAUUCCUGGGCGCGGUGUCGCGGCUGAAUCCUCACGUCAACGUCAAGGCUAUCGUCAUUGGCUUGAUGAAUAGAUUAUCUGCCUACGCUGAACGGGAAUCGCAAGAAGGGGCUGUCGAAGACAGGGCGAAACUAGAAGAAGAUGCUUUGUCAAGUCUACUGGAAAAGAUCCGGUUAGGGAAAGAACAGCAGGAGGCGAAGCCAACGCCGGAUGAAGUGUCUACCGAUACAAACGGAGAGGAUACUAAUGGCGAACCUACAGAACCUGCUGGGACUGAUGCGCCGGCGGAGCCAGAACCUGCCCCAUCAGUUGCGGAUACUGAGACAACAGCCGUUGAUAAAGAGCCGGACGAUGCUCCUCAAACUCCCAAGAAGCAGCGUGGAAUCCCUCCUAAUGUCAAACUUUACGAGGUUUUCUUUGAACAAGUCAACAAUCUUGUCAAUGCGCAGCAUCUCCCUAUCCAAGAUACAAUUGCGCUACUAGUUUCCCUUGCCAAUCUUUCCUUAAACAUAUAUCCUAGCCGACUGGACUACGUAGACCAAAUUCUUGACUAUGCGAAUCGCAAGGUUAAAGAGCAUGCUAACAGCGCCGAUCUCCAUUCUGCGCCAGCGCAGCAAAGCUUACUCGCACUGCUACAGGCCCCUCUCAAGAGAUAUAUUUCCAUAUUCACAGCCUUAUCGCUUCCCACGUAUGUACCUCUCUUCCAGUCCCAAACCUACCCAACGAGAAGGGCCGUUGCAGGUGAAGUUGCUAGGACCUUGCUACAGAAUCAGACCGUGAUAUCUACAGAGGCUCAGCUUGAGAAUGUUCUUGAGAUCCUUAAAGUAUUAAUCAAGGAGGGUUCGCAACCUCCUGCUGGAUAUCCUGGCGGCCCCCAGCGACGAGCUUUGGAAACAGACGAAACGAUGGAAGAGCAGGGUUGGUUGGCGCGGAUCGUUCACCUACUCAACGGUGAAAAUAACGACACGCAGCUUCGUCUUCUUCAGAUGGUACAUAAAGCGUUUGCUGAAGGGAAUGAGAGGAUCCGCACAACAACUCCUCCCCUAAUUACAGCCGGUAUGAAGCUGGCACGCCGGUUUAAGGCUAGGGAGCACUAUGACGACAAUUGGGAAACCCAGCUAAGUGCCUUAUACAAGUUCAUGCACUCUGCGAUCUCCGGUAUCUACACAAGAGUCAACGGCCCUGGUGCUGCCGAACUCUCUCUACGUUUAUUCUCUGCCUGCGGUCAAUCCGCCGAUAUGACGGGUUUUGAAGAGGUUGCGUACGAGUUCUUCGCACAGGCUUUCACAGUGUACGAAGAGGCCAUUUCGGACUCGAAAGCUCAAUUCCAAGCCGUGUGCAUUAUUGCCAAUGCACUACACCAGACAAGGAAUUUCGGGAAAGAGAACUACGAUACCCUUAUCACAAAGUGCGCCCUUCAUGGAAGUAAGCUACUGCGCAAACCGGAUCAAUGCAGAGCGGUAUAUCUAGCGAGCCACUUAUGGUGGGCGACGCCAAUGACCGCUAUUGACGAGUCGGAUGAAGGUCUCUACCGAGAUGGAAAGCGAGUAUUAGAAUGCUUGCAGCGGGCUCUACGUGUUGCAGAUUCCUGCAUGGAACAAGCGACAUCAAUCGAACUAUUCGUUGAGAUUUUGGAUCGCUAUGUGUACUAUUUCGACCAACAGAACGAAUCGGUCACUACCAAAUACAUUAAUGGGCUCAUUGAGCUAAUUCACUCAAACUUGAACACGAACCAGCAGGAUUCGGCAAGUAUUGAGAGCAGCAGGCGGCAUUUCAAGCACACCUUGGACAAUAUCGCAUCGAGACAGUAUGAAGGAGUGAUUCUGCACCCACAGAAAUAAUGAUACCUAAGAUAUAGGAAUUCGGUCGGGAGAAGAGUCCAGGUUCGUACUCAAGCAGUUGCAUAGUGUCACCGAGAUAGCUCACUACGACAUGCUUGAGUUUGCGUAGUGAGAAAGUUGUACCAAAGGUAGUUUUUUUUUUUUUCAGGGAAAAGAAAGCGUCGCCGCCGUCCUGUUUGUUAGAGAUAACCGUGUACAUAUGUAUAUUUCUGACGGUUUGAAAGGAUUCGCCAGGCUUCUCAGAGGAGUCUAGGCGUGCAUUUAAGAGUUAGUUAAUUAGUGCCAAGAGGUCUGACCCUUUGCACGAAUCACUGAGAUUUUCCAUUUUACUUGCCUUUUUUUUAAUUUUGAUGAUCUAUAACUAUCUGA